AUUUCGGAGAGUUUCUUGAGUAGCAAAUCAUGACAGACACUGUCAGAAGCUUUUGACAGAUCAAUGUAGAUAGUGUCAACCUGGUAACCAUUUUUAAAUGAUGAAAUUAAGAACUCUUGAUAGAUUGCCAGAUUAGUUUAUGUCGAGCGACCUUGAUAGAAGCCAUGUUGUUGAGUAUAUUUUACAACAAAAACUAUGUCUACAACAAAUAUAACUCAAUUUUUUCCUCAAAUCCAAGGAAAUUUAACUCUAGUAACUUGGGCUCAUGCUGUGAAUAAUCAAUCUUAUUUAAAAUCGGUUCUAGCAGACGACAAUGUAAUGAUGAUAGAAGCAGAUAUUUCAAUCGGAAAAAUUACCAAUUCAGAUGCUGAAAUUCCCAUAAUGACACAUCCACCAGCAAAAACUUCUGAUCUAUCACUUGAAGAUUUUUUAAAGCAAGUGGAUGAAUCGAAUUUGAAUGCAAACAAUACUGAAAAAACUGUCAAAGGUGUCAAACUGGAUUUCAAAAGUAUUGAAGCAUUUAUUGCUUCUGUGACUUACAUUGAGAAUGCCUCCAAGAAAAAUUUUCCUUUAUGGAUUAACGCAGACAUUCUCUCAGGCCCCGGAAGAGCAGUAAUUAAACCUGUAAACAGUACACAAUUCUUAAGUAUUGCUAAAAUCCAUUUUCCUGAUAUUGUUCUGUCCUUGGGAUGGACUACAAUGAAUGUAUCGGGUGGAUACACUAACGAUAACGUUAAAGCCAUUAUAGAAGUCAUUAAUUUGAAUAAAAUCACAAAUAUCAUUACUUUCCCUGUUAGAGCGAGUUUGACUGCUCAUAGUAGCCAACAGAUGAAAAUGUUGCUUGAAGAAUUCAGAAAUUCAACACUAACUAUUUGGUCUAGCCCCGGUGAUACCGUUGAUAUUGAAGGUUUAAGAAACGUCAUUUUCGAUAUCGGAGUCGAUAGAAUUUUCGUAGAUGUUCCCGACGAUUUAAAAGAGAAACUUCACUUGGAUAAACCAGUUAAUUCGAGAACAACUUUGACUAAAGAAGUUCAGUGCUGAUAAAUCUAAUAGGAUCAAUAAAAUAAAUACUAUGUUAAUUGACCCACUAAAACAACAGGUAAAUGUUAAAUGGUAGCAUCCCUAUCAUUGAACAUGCUCGAUUUGAUACAAUUAAAUAAAUAAUAUUUAAAAAUUAAAUUAUUG